UAACCUCAGGGGAUUAAUUUCAACAGGUGCAAUACCUGAAGGAUUAGCGCUCUGCCCGCGGUGGAGGACGCUGUUUUUCUCUAUAAGUAGGAACAUUGUUUAUUGUUUUGAUAAAAACUAAAAUGUACUAUCUCGUGAUCAGAAUAAGUGGGUAUUACAAAAAGCGUGCGAGCUACGACUGGAUCAUUCUUCCUACUUUGCUCAAAUUUCAUAUGGUCUGAUUUACCGGUGAACGCAAUCGCAACUUCUCGGCCCUUUCCGUUCCGAGCCUGCCGGAAAGGCCCGAGAGGUUGCGAUUGCCGGUGAACCAUGAAAUAAACACAGUAUAGGGUUUAUGCUGGUAAAAAAAGGACGCGGUGGCGAAAUUUUUCGGUUUUUAGUUUUAUACGUGUACAUAGUCUGGUGUUGACAUUAGUCCUUAAUUAAUGCACUUUGAAACAAACUUUCAAAGUGAGUGUGUAAAUUGUACAAGUGCUUUAUAACAGGAACGUAGAUGGUUUAGAUGGAGGUGAAGUGAACCUGAACACCUACAAUGUUCAUGGAAAAAAUCAUGCAUUUUCCGAGGAUAAGGACCCGCAGGUGGAAAAACGUUUUGAAAAACGUUUUGAAAUGGAUGAUCAUUUUGUUCUUGGCUACAUACUUUAUUUGUACACCCUUUCGAGCAUCUAGAAAGAGAGCCGAAGAAGCAUACUUAAAAUCAGGGUUUUUGCGUCCAUCAGUCUCAACUCAGCCUACUACUUGCAGCACCGGUGAAGUGUUUCUGCUCAUAAUGGUUCCAAGCGCCGUUUCUAACUUUGAGCAAAGAAAUGCAAUACGCAGCACAUGGGGAAACCUUUCAUACACAAACUGUACCGUGGUGUUAAAAUUCGUGCUUGGUAAAAGUAAGCAGAGCCUUCACCAGAACCUUGCAGGAGUCGAGAACACCAUCUACAAUGAUAUUUUGUUUACUGAUAUUUCAGAAACCUAUGAAAAUCUUUCCAAAAAAUCGAUCGCUUUGCUUCGUUGGGCAUCGACAAACUGUAAAGGAGUAAAGUAUCUCUUGAAAAUUGAUGACGACAUGUUUCUAAACCUUCCCAGACUUUUAGACGAAUUGAAAACUCAACCAAAGUCUAACUCAAUAUCCGGCUGCAAAGUCAGCGGAGCCUCUCCGUUCCGGUUUCCAUUGUCAAAAUGGAGAAUAUCAAGAUCGGAAUAUGAAAAGGAUUACUACCCCGAUUAUAUAGCAGGAACAGCCUACCUGAUCAGCGGUGAUAUCAUUCCCAAACUAUACAGUGCAACAGAGAGUGUUCUUUACUUUAUAUUUGAAGACGUUUAUAUAACUGGUUUGUGUAGAGAACAUAUAGGAGCUGUUGCGUUAGAGAACAAAGGUUUCAGCUGUGGUUAUCGAGACAGAAGUCCAUGUGGUCAAAACUUUAGGUAUCGGAUUACAGGACAUCACUAUACACCCGCCGAAAUUCAAAGAUUGUGGCGGGAACUCCAAGAUAGGUGGUCAGUUUGUCAGAGAGGAGACAACUACUUGAUUUUCAAAUUAUUUGAUUUGUUUCACUACUUGUUCCUUUGAAGUUUGAAUUUGUCGAAUUUUGUAUGAAAACGUGAUCAACGUAGUUGAUCGUUCAGAUGUUGGGGUUUUUUUUUCAAUUGAAGUAAUGAUGUUUAAUGCGUACUCCUUGGAAUGAUUAAGCAAAAUUAUAACUAUGGCUGACUGAAUGUACGUCACAAACACGUAAUAUGGUAGUGUCCUGUGCAUGGAGAUAAAUCAAAACACGGAGGAUGAACGGUGUGAAUGUCGAUAAAUGUUAACCAUUUUGAAGAUAGAAUCCCCGUCCAUGCAUUUAUGCACACACAUUGUGUAGUUACGUUCAUUUUAAUGUAGGUGAUUUAUGUGAAAGCCAAAAGAGUGUAAUUUGAUCAAGUCGAUGUAUCUUUGAGGGUACAAUCAAAAUGUAUUCGUGUUCGACAUAUGUUAUCACUAUUAGUUCUUUCAAUAUACUCCUAAGAAUUCA